AUGCUUCUGCUGUCAUUCAUCCGUAAUAGCCAGCAAAAAGAAGCAAAUGUUGGGAUACUCUCCCCAUACGGAGAAUGUUUCGAAGGAUUCACACCCACUUUUAUCAGACGUGUUGGUACAAGGCACAUAGAUGGUCCAGCGUUUGUUGCUAAGAUUGACAUGGUUACUUGCUCCUCGCAUUGUCGUGCCAACUUUGAUCCUUCAUCUGAAGAGUCGUUUCCAUGUGAAGGAUUCAACUUCCGUGCCGGUCGAAAUCCAGUUUGUGAGUUCUUCCCAGCAACUGGAAACAAUGAUAAUGUGACAAGCUCCCUGAAAACUGAAGAGGCUCCUACAUUUUACUUUGAGAAAUUGUGCUUGCAAAUAGCAAAACGAUGUGAAGAGUCUGCGUAUAUGUUUGAUGUAAAAAAUGGAUACAGAAUUGAUGAAACUCCGAUUCGUAUAAUAAAUGCUACUGUUGAAACACAGUGUAUGGAAGAAUGUGUUAAGAUUCAAUGCAUGUCGUUUGGAUUUCACCAUGAUGCAAAACGCUGUUCAUUUUACAAUUCCACACGAAGAGAUGCAGUUAUCAUUCGAGAUGUUAAGAUGGACUACUACGAGAACAACUGCGUACACCCCACUGCUCGAUGUCCAAACGGAAGGAUCGAGUUCUUUGCCACUCGGAAAGCUGAUGUUCCUUCGUUUGGAAUUUCAUUGGGAGUCAAAAGCAUCAGAAGCUGUAUGCAAGCAUGUGUGAAUGCUGGUCAAUUUUACUGCAGAAGUGUUCAGGUACAAAAAAUUUUCUACUCAAUAUUCGAUUCUACAUCAAACGAAUGCUUUGUUUCUGACGAGACCUCCGAUGUGGCAGUUCCAUCAACAACUCUUGACAUCUUUGAACCCUUUUGUGUUCUUCGAAGAGACGAAAACACUUGUAAUCGGCCGUAUUCUUUCGAGAAGAUGAUUACAUCAAAGCUUGCCAAUUCCAGUGUUAUCAAAGAAAUUCCAAACCAGUCAACAGAAAAAUGUCUACAAAAAUGCAUUGGCUUGGAGAACUGCAAAUCUGUGAACUACGAUGUUCUCACCCGAUCCUGCAUCUUAUCUUCCACUUCUAAAACAGACAGUGCUACCAUAAGUGAUGAGAACUUUGAUUUUUACGAUAGAUCGUGUCCACAUGUUGCACCAUCCGCUAUUUUAUCAUCGACAUUUAUUCCACAUCAUCCAAGAUUUCAUCCAGAAGCCACGUCAUACAAAAUGCUGGAAAGAGGAUCACAACUUUCCGGAAGCUUCGUAAAUAAAACAGAUGUAGAAAAUGUUCAAGACUGCUGGACACUCUGUCUAAAUGCAAAAGUCCAUUGUGAAAUCAUUUCAUUUUCUUCCGUAUCCAAUCAAUGCUUACUUUCCACUCUCAAGGUAUCUGAUAUCGGCGCUGAUAAGAAAAAGAUCACGAAAGCCUCUGAAUCCUUCGACACAUAUUCUAAAAGCGUUGUUUUUCCAACUACAACACAUACAUCUAUCAUGAAGCCCACCACAUCGACACGGAUUUCGACGUCAACAACGCCGACGACUACAAAAGGGACCACAAAAACUUCAACUGUAUCCAAAACCACAAAAUCUUUCACCAGUAGUGAAUCCCUCGAAGAUCUUAACGAUAUCUUCGAUUUAAACGAAAAUUUUAUGGACACAACGACUGUGAAUAUCCCAACAACAAGAUCCAGAGCCCAUGCAAUCACAAAUACGGAGACAAAAUCCAAGAAUAAAAGCUCCGAAAGCACAUCACUUCUUCCCAUUGAUCCAGAAUUAGUCGGCCUAGAAGACUCUACACCAGUUAAACUUCCAACAUCUUCUGGAAUUGCUCAUGUGGAUGUUUCUAAGCUAUCAGUCGCGGCUAUAUGCCUCCCCCAAGGAAUUAAUAUCACAUUUGACUUAUCUGAAAUGUUUCAGAAGUACACCGGCGUCGUCUACGCAUCUGAAAGAUUCGAUCAGUGUCGUGUAUUCGUAAAAAACUCCACAUCAUUUUCAAUAUUCAUUCCGAGACCUCAACACAAUUCAUGGUGCAAUGCAGUUGAAUUAGUGAGGCUGAAAAUAGAAACUAAUUCCAAUUUUCUGAUUCAGAACAAUGAAAUGUCAACGAUCAUAAUCAUGUCAAAUGACCGAAUUCUUCCUCAUGAUGUUACUACAAAAGAUGAUUUAUUCUAUCAAGUUUCCUGUAAAUACAAUCCAAAUGACGAUGCUAGAGUGAGCAAAGGAAUCGUAGUUGGUGGACCAUCACCAGUUCUCAUCACCAAGAAAAGUCAAAUUCAUGAGAAAAUUUCACUGGAAAUAACUAAAGAUGGCCAAAUGGUAGAUAGCGUUUUUGUCGGGGAAGCAUUAGUGGCCACUGUGCAAUCAAAUGUAUCAGCUGCUUUGCUUCGAAUCGUUGAUUGUACAGCACAUCGUGUUGGCGGGAACGGUCCUCCAGCUUCUGUGAAUUUAAUCGCAGAUGGCUGUGCUCUUCUUCCAGCUAUCAUGUCUCCAAUGAGAUUGACACCUUCUGGAUGGCAAUCGUCUCUUUCAGCAUUCCGAAUCGAUGGGUCAGAACAGAUCGAUGUCGUCUUUAUAAUUUCGAUUUGUGACGAAAAGAAAAAUUGUCCACCGAUGGCAUGUACUUCUCCGAAUAAUCGAGAGAUACGUUCAACUUCCGAAGAAAACUCGAUAAGAGUGGAUCGUCGAUUGCUGGUCAAGGGGGAUAAGAACUAUGCGGGAUCGCAGAAAUUUUUUGCACCAAUUUGCAUCGAAUCUUCGUUCUAUCUCCCAGCAGUCAUCAUCUUCUUCUGUAGCCUGUCCUCGAUUAUGGUUUCAAUUUUCUUGGCAUUCAGAAGGAGGAGGUUGAGGGAUGCUCAAGUGGAAGAGCUCUUAAGCACUUCAAUCCCUCAAGACAUUGGACCGAAGUAUAUCAAGACUAUGUCAAUGUAA